GGUUUGUAGGCGUGGUUUUAAAUGGAGGAAAAGAGAGAGGAACUUGUGACUAGACUCAGAGCUGAGCUUAGAGUCAACAAGAAAGCUUAUGCUCAGCUUCAAAAAGAGAAAGAUGACCUCUCAAAGGAGUUACAAGAAGCUAAGACACAAAUAGCAAAACUGACCGAAGACAUUGACAUGAAAGAGAGGUACUUUUCAGAAUACAGAGAGAACAAGGAGAAGGAAUAUAAGGAACUGUUAUUAAUUAAACAGGAUCUGGAGACAAGACUUAAAAUUGCAUUAGAAGUAGAUAGUGACAAUGCUGCAGAUCAGCAGAAAUUGAGCAUGUCAAUAGGAAGAAAUCAAGCAUGGCUGUCAAGCAGUGAGCCACAGCUGAGCUCAUCUGAAGCUGUGGAGAUGCUUAGAGGUUGGGAAGGAAUGGAGGGAACAUUGAAACUGUUCCAGGACCUCCUAAAGCUAGAAGAAGAAAAGUUUAAAUGGAAGCCCGGCACUAUGUGGACCUGCAAAUGGAAGCCACAUUUAAAGAUAUACAUAACUACAUCUGGAACUGCCUUCCCUCAAAUAAAUGAGAUUAUUAUGCCAGAGUUAGAAGCAAUGUGUCAAGCAAGUGGCUGCUCAAUAUCACCAAUCUUCAUCAGUAUUACUGAAUGUGAAGAAGCUAGUCUGGAAAUGGAUGCAAUCAUAGAGCUCUGCAUUCAAGAGGUGUCAAAGUCUGACCUAUUCAUUUGUGUCCUUCCUGCAGAGAUUAGCAAUCUGACUAAGCAUGAAGUAGAGUAUGGGUUUCUUAACAAUCCAGCAGCAAAGCCUUCAAUAUUUGUGUUCUUGGAUACAAAGUCAAGCAACAACUUAAAAUUGAGGCAAAGAGUCAAAAAAUUGGCUUCAAUGACGAAAAUAAUGGAGUCUAGCAGUUUUGAUGCUGAAGUGAUUCAAUUUGUAACAAAUGAAAUGAGACAAGCAUUAAAAUCAAGAUUUGACGUGAUUGAUUCCAGUGAUUUGGAUCAGGAUUCUUUAUUUGAUCAUUUGACUCUUCUCUCUGACAUGAGAGUUGAGUAUGAACAGCAGGACAUACUGAAGGCCCUCUACUCUCAGUCUCCUGAUAAACCAGCUGGUAUUGAAGUAACAUUUCGAAACUUGACUGCAUACACUAAUGAUGAACAAACUAAUGUAGCCCCAUACUUAAUUACUGCACCUUCUGGUAUUGGGAAGUCAACACUGCUAGCUAAAUGGUAUCAGCAUCUAAAGGAGGAACAAGCUUAUGGCGAUAAAGUUGAAAUUCUUUAUCAUUUUGUGACCAGAUCUUGUUCAUCUUCUUCUGAGACUUGUCUUAUGUAUCGCAGGUUUAUUUUUAAACUGAUUGCUCUCUGUGGUGAAGUUGGUAUUGCUACAGUACCUAGUGAUCCUAAUAAACUGGAGGAGGUAUUCAAGCAAUUACUGGACCUGGUCUCAGCUCGUAUGAACAUGCUGGGACUUGAUAUGGUGUAUAUACUGAUUGACAAUGUGGACCAACUAGUGGAACAGGCUAAUAUCAGUUGGAUAUUAAGACCACUACCUCAGAAUAUAAGAGUGCUGCUGACAGCUAACGAAUCCACUGACUGUCCUGACUCAUGGAGAGCUUUGCCUGUUUGUGUCCUUCCCUCGUUAACUGCUACUGACCUUCAGGAGGUGAUGAAAGAUGUGAGUUAUGGAACUGGAGCAAAUGAAUAUCAGCUAACUGAAGAUCAGGUUAUUUCUUUGAGUAUAUACACACCAAGCGACCCAUCACAUCUUUGGUGCAUUCUAGCAUCUAAAUUUGUACUGAGUGUUGUUCCAUCACUCUCUGAGUCUGAAGUUGAUGAAUUGAUUGAGUCUCUUGAUCAAGCAGAGGAAGUCUCUGAUCUUGUUAAACUGAUGAUUGAUGACUUCACUAAUAGACAGUCAGAAGCAUUAGGCUACUAUAUAGAUGAGAUAUUACAGCUCAUUUACUGGAGCAGGAACGGACUGUCACUGUUUGAAUUAACAAAUUGUAUCAGUGAUAUAUCUGUUACAAUUUUGCUGUACAUUUUGUCAGAACUAGAGAAAAGAUCAAUAAUAUCUCAACUGGGAGGACUCUAUUGCUUCAGUAAUGAGCCAAUACAGCAGUUUGUAGCCGUCAAGUAUGAGACUGACGUGAAUCAUUUGUUGCAGUGGACAGACAUUCUUACUGGCUUCUUCGCUAACUUAACAAGAGGACCUCUUUCUCGCUCUUCUUCUGAGCUCCUAUGGCUGCUAAAAAGAGCUCCUGGUAAGAAGAUUGAUCUAACUAAAGCUCUACUGAACAUUGAUCUACUCAUACAAAUUUACUGCGGUGGUGAGAGUUCAUUGCUCUUGCGGUCAUGGAAGUCACUUGGAGUGAGGACUACUGAUAUCUGUAGCCAGUAUUAUAAUGAACUUCAGUCUUGGGAAAUGAAAGCACUUGGUGACAGAUCAGCUCUCCUUUAUACUGCAAUGCUGUUCUGUACUGCAGGGAAGAUCCUCUGUAACCUUGGACUGGGACUUCAUGCUCAGCCAUUACUGCAGCACUCACUGGAACUGUAUGAGUCCAAUGCUGAUCCUGACUCAGUACAAGUUGGUAAUGUCAUGUUUGAACUGGCCAGUCUCUACACUGAGACUGAGAGAUUCAGUUCUGCUGAGAGUUUUUAUAAACAAGCUUUGGAAGUAUUUGAGAAUUCUUGUGGUGAAAACUCAAGAGAAGUGCUAAAGGUAUUAAGUUCACUGUUAGUGUUAUAUGAGGAGAUGAAAAGACCAGAUCUGUUAGACACUGUGACACCUCAUCUAUACAGCGUCAAGGAAAAGAAUAACCUUCUGAAGUCUAAUGCUCUCAGUUUGUUGAUGAAAAGAGCUGAUGAACUUGAGUCCAUUUUGACUGAUUUUGAUGAGUCGGACGUCCCAACACAAUCAGAUAUACUGGCAAUGAAUGAGUGGUGUCUGCUCCAUGCCACCUUUGGAGACAAAAAGGUUGCAGAGAAGUAUCUACUUGAUAACUUGCAGCAAUCUGAAGAUGUUCUUGGGGACGGUCACCCUGUCACCAUGAUGCUGCUAAAGAAUAUGGUCACCUUUUAUCAACAAUUGAAAAAUUUUAAUGAUGCUAUUCCUCUACAAUGUCAUAUAAUAGAGCUCAGAGAGAGACAGUGUGGCGUUGAUAGCACCAGUGUUGCAGCUGCUCACAAUAACCUUGCUGUGUUCUACUGCUGCACAAAUGAUUAUCUCACUGCAAUACAUCAUUACAAUGUUGCUUUGGAGAUAUACACUAAACUUUAUGGGAGUGGCCACUCACUGGUACAAGAUACAGCUGCUAAUAGAGAUUUGGCGGCAAUGCAACUUGAACCACAAUCAUUAUAACUCAAUUAAUUAAUUCAUUUUAAAUCAAUCAGCACUUAUACACACUAAAAAAUAAUGACUCCUGUAAUUAAUGAUGAAAAUUCCUUUAAAAAUUAAUAAUAACAUUGAUAUUGAUUAUCAAUACACCUGCUGUUCAUGUACAGUCAGAUCUCACGUAUGCCUUUUUAAAAACAUUUUUCAAUUUUACAUAAUAUAAACUAAAAGAG